GAGCGCGAGUUCCUUAACCGCACUUCCCAGAGAAUUUCUAACGCAGAGCCGGAGGUGUACGCUUUGAGAUGGCCCCUUCUCUGCAACCUCGUCUUCUUCUCCUUCGCUCUGCAUACCAAUCCUUGUGGAGGAGAUCGCUGUCUUCAGAUGCUUUGGUAGAAAUCAAGGCUGGUGAGAUUGGGAUCGUCUCCGGUAUUCCUCAGGAACACCUCCGAAGGAGGGUUGUAAUUUACUCGCCUGCUCGAACGGCGACCCAACAAGGUUCCGGAAAAGUUGGAAAAUGGAAGAUCAAUUUCUUGUCGACCCAGAAGUGGGAGAAUCCAUUGAUGGGCUGGACAUCCACUGGGGAUCCAUAUGCCAAUGUAGGUGAUGCGGCGCUUGGUUUCGACAGUGAGGAAGCUGCAAAGGCAUUUGCCGAAAAGCAUGGGUGGGAUUAUGAGGUUAGGAAGCGUCAUACUCCUCUUUUGAAGCCAAAGGCUUAUGCAGACAAUUUCAAGUGGAAGGGUCCCCCCAAGACUGAAGAAGCUUGAUUUCAUUCUCCCAACUUUUUCUUUCUUUUUUGUUUUUUUUUUUUUCUUUGUUUCUCUUUUUUGAAUGAUGUUGAGCCACAAAUCUUUCUAUCAAUAAAUUAAAAUGGCUUGAUUUUCUUAA